AAACAAGAAAUGACGAUGAUGAUGAUGAUGAUGUGACGAUGUUGGAUAGGACUGGAAGACAAACAGACGACGACGGCCAACCGCGAUGAGAUCAUGUUCCUGCUUCUUCCUGCUUGCUGCAGGCCCAUCGCUCACAUUUCCUGAGAUCUCGGUACUCCAGCCCAACCCAGAAAGAAACCCAACCAGACCACCUCACAACACAGUCACAGCGCAUCACCGGCGCCAGCUCUUCCAUUUCGACGAAUCCGGCCCAACGCCCUCGCGCCGUGAUGCAAACACAUUCCGAGGAAUAUUGGUGAUAUCUUAUUACAGUACAAUUUUGACUCCUCCUCUGCUCCUCCUUCUUCCUACACCACCAUCCAUCCAGCUGCGACGGGAUGUGACCGAGUCCUGUGCCAUCUUCCCGUCCAACACCCGCCAUUAGUUCUAUUCUACCAUACCUAUCGCAAUGAGUUCGAACCUGUGCCCUCGACUAAAGACGACGCCUCACUUCGCGUUUGCCUCUCUCUGUGUUCUCCCUCGGACGGCGUGGCUGAGUCGUGGAGUGAUUGGACCGCAAAGGACGAGUCAUACCAGCACGCGAGAAGUGCAGUAUCAGAUACAGUGCCAGUUGAGCAAUGAGAGGUCGUU